CGCUCAGCGGCAGCCAUUUUAACUUUUGGCGUCGAAAAUACGGCGAGGAAAUCUGAGGAAGCCGGAGAUCCUGUUGGUCUGUGUGGUUUUUUCGCAUCCAGCGCAAGCAGUGUGUAGUGCUCGAGGGCCCGUGGUUACCAGUGAGUGUGCGAGGAAGUCGAGAAGUUGAGUUUAAGAAGCGGAGUCGGAUUUGCGGAUCAGUAGUCUAACCAAAACCGAAGCGAAGAUGUCGAUGUCUGCCACGUGCUACAAGUGCAACCGGCCGGGCCACUUUGCCCGGGACUGCAGUCUCGGAGGCGGCGGUGGUCCGGGAGGCGUUGGAGGAGGCGGUGGUGGCGGCGGCGGCGGUAUGCGCGGCAGUGAUGGCGGCGGCAUGCGUCGCAACCGCGAGAAGUGCUACAAAUGCAACCAGUUUGGGCACUUCGCACGUGCCUGCCCCGAGGAGGCCGAGCGCUGCUACCGUUGCAACGGCAUCGGGCACAUCUCGAAGGACUGCACCCAGGCGGAUAACCCGACCUGCUACCGGUGCAACAAGACCGGACACUGGGUGCGCAACUGCCCGGAGGCCGUCAACGAACGUGGACCGGCCAAUGUGUCGUGCUACAAGUGCAACCGCACCGGACACAUCUCCAAGAACUGCCCGGAGACCUCGAAGACUUGCUACGGCUGCGGCAAGAGCGGACACCUGAGGCGCGAGUGCGACGAGAAGGGAGGACGGAACUAGGCGCCACCACCCACCCGUGGCACCUCACAAAUAUAAUCAUCGAAGGAGGAAUAUGAGUAAUAAUUCAACACACGAAGAACAACCAGAAGAAGAUGAGAAAGAAAGAAAAAAAAAAAAUGAAAAAAACGAAAAAUCAAUUUGCUACAACAUUCACAAAGCCAGCCAACAGCAACAACAACAUCUAGAAGCGAAAGCAGCAGCAGCACCCAAGUCAAGAUCAACCCCUCCAAAAUAAAGAACCCACAUCCACAUCCCUUCAUUAACACACGCAGCAUAUAAAUCCAUAAUCCUGAACAUCAUCCAGUAACCAUCGCUGAUUCCAAAAGCCGAGCCUGCAGCGCGGUGCCAACGUCCCGAGAACUGAAAGAAGACAAGGAAGGAGAAGUAUUGGCUUUCCGAGGGAAAGCCGCCAGAUGAGGAAUCACGGAGGCCACGGAGGAAGAAGGCAAGGGCUCCUCGAGCAGGGGUCGGAGGAGCAGAACCAGAAGACGAUAGCCAACGGCAGCUGUGCAGCCGAGAGAGCAGAUGACGCCGACGACGAGGAAUAGGAUGAGGACGAGGUAGAAGAUGAAGAAGAAGACACGACGACCCAAUUUGUAAGAUGAGACUAAACCGCAACAGCAACAACAAAAGAAAUCACCAAGCAAACCACUUUACUAUAAUUAUACCUAUAUGAUUAUGAUUAUGCUGCAAAGUGUUUGAAUUUACUAAUUACAUUAUAACGAAUGGAAUGAAACUAUAUAAGAUUAUAUAAAGAAAAAUACCUUAAA